GAAAACAUCGCUAUUUGGUACAUCCCUAUUUCCUUUCUUCCUCUACUUUUUCUCUUUUCAAAUUGCUCGUCGAACAGUUGAGAUGGCAUCGAAAGUCUCGCGCGACACGCUCUACGAGGGCGUCAAUGGACUCCUGGAGGCCUCGGCCAAGAAGAAGCGCGGCUUCCUCGAGACGGUGGAGCUGCAGAUCGGCCUGAAGAACUACGAUCCCCAGAAGGACAAGCGUUUCUCCGGCACCGUCAAGUUGAAGCACAUCCCCCGUCCCAAGAUGAAGGUGUGCAUCCUUGGCGAUCAGCAGCAUUGCGACGAGGCCAAGGCCAACAACGUUGACUUCAUGGACGCCGAGGCCCUGAAGAAGCUGAACAAGAACAAGAAGCUGGUGAAGAAGCUGGCCAAGUCCUACGACGCCUUCCUGGCCUCCGAGUCGCUGAUCAAGCAGAUUCCCCGUCUGCUUGGCCCUGGCUUGAACAAGGCCGGCAAGUUCCCUGCCCUGCUGUCGCAUCAGGAGUCCAUGAUCGGCAAGAUCGAGGAGGUCAAGUCGACCAUCAAGUUCCAGAUGAAGAAGGUGCUGUGCCUGUCCGUCGCCGUCGGCCACGUGGGCAUGAAGUCCGACGAGCUGGCCCAGAACGUCAACCUGUCGAUCAACUUCUUGGUGUCGCUGCUGAAGAAGAACUGGCAGAACGUGCGCUCCCUGCACGUCAAGUCCUCCAUGGGACCCCCUCAGCGCCUCUACUAGAUGUGGACACAUUUCUGUUUUAUAUUCGGGAAAUAAAUAAGAGACCCUACAUUUUAUAAUGUAACUAAA